GCAAAAAUGUCUGCCUAAGGGAAACUCGCAAGUUACAUAUAGUGGAUAUUUGCAAAAUAUAACAACAUAGAUAUUGAUUUAAUUGCACGUCAGACCUGAUUUCAGGAAAGCUAUACCACCAUUGCCACACCCGAUCGCCCUAGUUGGAUUUUAAAUACAAGAAAAGAUUUAGUAAAAGACAGCAGUGAUGAAUCCUCAGCAGCGGAUUGCCGCUAUCGGAACGGAUAAGGAGUUGAGUGACUUGCUGGAUUUUAGCGCGAUGUUUUCACCACCGGUGAGCAGUGGGAAAAACAGGCCAACUACUCUUGGAAGCAGCCAGUUCAAUCCAUCAGGUAUAGAUGAGAGGACCACCGAGACAUCCUGGGCCCCAGGUGGUCAGGCCAGCCCUUCCUAUGACGAGUCCUCUAGGGGCUUCACAGACAGCCCUCAUUAUGGUGAUCACUUGAGUGACAGUCGAUUAGUGUCCCAUGAAGGAUUGUCUCCGACACCUUUCAUGAGUCCCAGCAUAAUGGGCAAGUCUGAGAGGACUCCGUUUUCUUCUUAUGGGAGAGAAGCCGGUGUGUCUGGAUGCCAGGCUGCCCUGCGCUCGGACAUGGGCCUGGCGAGCCCCGGGCCAGCUACCGCCACUGGGAAGUCUCCUGCUCCCUUCUACUCCUUCACGGGCACCAAUCCACGAAGACGUGCUCUGCAGGACUCCUCCUCUCUGGAUCCUCUCCAAACAAAAAAAGUACGCAAGGUCCCUCCUGGCCUGCCAUCGUCCGUGUACGCACCAUCCCCAAACUCAGACGAUUUCAACAGAGAUUCUCCCUCCUACCCUUCGUCCAAAGCCCCGAGCAGUAUGUUUGCAAGCACAUUUUUCGAUGGGACCCACAAUUCCUCUGACCCGUGGAACUCAUCCAACGGGAUCAGCCAGCCCGGUUAUGGUGGAAUGCUGGGAGGGUCUUCAUCUCACCUGCCACAGUCUGGAAACUACAGCAGCCUGCACUCCCAUGACCGCCUGAACUACCCCCCACACUCGGUGUCCCCCUCGGACAUCAACCCCAGCCUGCCGCCCAUGUCCAGCUUCCACCGCAGUGCUGCGACCACCUCCCCGUUCGUUACGGCCUCCCACACCCCACCUGUCAACACCACGGAGGGCAUCAUGGCUGCUUCCAACAGAGGGAAUGCAACUGGAAGUUCCCAGACUGGGGACGCACUGGGGAAAGCGCUUGCUUCGAUUUACUCUCCUGACCACACCAGCAGUAGUUUCCCCUCUAACCCCUCCACCCCAGUGGGGUCCCCCUCUCCUCUCACAGCCCAGGCGGGUGCAGCCACAGCAGGUACAGUGGUGACGGCCAGCGGCCCCUCAGGAAGGGCAGCUACUACGCAGUGGCCUCGUACGACCGGACAGACCCCGUCUUCCCCAAGUUAUGAGAAUUCUCUGCACUCUCUGAAAAGCCGCGUGCAUCAACAGCUGCAUGAGCAUCUCCAGGAUGCCAUGUCCCUCUUAAAGGAUGUCUGUGAGUCUCGGAUGGAGGAUCGCCUGGACAGACUAGACGAUGCGAUCCAUGUGCUGCGGAACCAUGCUGUGGGCUCCACCACCAAUCUGCCCAGUGACAUCCACAGCCUGCUUGGACAAGCGCACAACGGGCCAAUCACAGCCAUCGGCACCAGCUUCCCCACGUCCGGAUUGGUUGCCAGCAGGACAGCGUCUAUGGGCCCCGCCCAUCGCGACGAGGCCGUCAGCUUGAGCACCAAUCACGCGGGACUUCAGGGCGCCAGCGGGCCGGCCUCCAGCACCGAGCUCAACCACCAGGCCGACACCUUUAGAGGUCUCGCCAGCGGCCUGGAUGCUCAGGUGGCCUCUUCCCUGGAUCUGAAGAUCGAGAACCAGGACAAAGAUGACAUGCAUGAAAACCACUCCUCCGAAGACGUCAAGUCAGAGGACGAGAGUGAUAAACGGGACAUCAAGACACCCAGAGCAGGGACUCGAACAAGCAGCAUUAACGAGGACGAGGAUCUUAACCCGGAGCAGAAGGCUGAGCGUGAGCGUGAGCGCAGGAUGGCCAACAACGCUCGCGAGCGCCUGCGAGUGCGCGACAUCAACGAGGCGUUCAAGGAACUGGGUCGCAUGUGCCAGCUGCACCUGAAGAGCGAGAAGCCGCAGACCAAGCUGCUGAUCCUGCACCAGGCCGUUGCCGUCAUCCUCAGCCUGGAGCAGCAAGUCAGGGAGCGUAACCUGAACCCCAAAGCGGCCUGCCUUAAGAGGAGGGAGGAGGAGAAGGUGUCAGGCGUGUCAGGGGAGCCCCAGCAGACCCAUCCGAACGUUCACCCCAGCCUCACAGACACAGCCAACCCCAUGGGGCACCUCUAAGCACUUGGCAGAUGAAAGUGAAGCCAAGGGAAUCUGUAAGAUAGUGUUGGUGACCCUGCUUUCCCAGGGCAGACAGGACUCGCAGCUUGUGACACAAAUUUGAAAAGACAGAGACCACUUGAAGUGAAAAUCUACAGUCAUGCAAUCUUGAGCUCGAAAAUCUCCAGUCCUGCAAUCCUGAGCUCGAAAAUCUCCAGUCCUGCAACCCUGAGCUCGAAGUAAAACUGGGAAAUGCCAGGCUUCCUCAGGCAGUAUCCAUCAUUCUUCAUUUCUGCCCAAGAGAAACACACACACACACACACACACACACACACACACCCCACCAUUGAGCACAUAUCACUGUCUGCAAGCAGUGUGUCACAUCUGUCCAAUCAGAGACUGUCGUGCUCCCCUCCACCCCCCACGUGGAAGUUGCAUUGUGCCUAAACUGAAUUGACGAACGCAUUGUAACAGCAAUUGUUUUUCUUUUUUGUUUGUUUAUUUUUCUAUUUUUUCCUAUUUAUUAUGUCACAUAGCUAUAAAGUCUAUGUUUAAAGGGAAAGUUAUGACAUUGCUUUGAGAAGCCAGUGGCACUUCAGUAGAUCUUUCAGUUUGCCAGGAUCUGAGCGAGUCUACCCCAGCUGCUCAGUAUGUGGAGAAGCAUGUGUCAGGCCCUUACACCCAGGCACCCGCUCCACACCCUUCACCCAGCGCCAGAGAUUCUCACUCUGUCUGUGGCAUUUUAUACAAUCAAAGUUUGAAGGACCCCUCUCCCUACCUUUUUUAUUGUUGAUAGUUUUUUUUUUCUUAUAAAAAUUAGAAAGUAAGAAAUAAUAUAUGAAUUAUAUUUAUGUUAGAUUCAUUCCACAAGUAAGAGCAUGAGAAGCCAAAACUACCUAGUGAUGUGAUGUUUAGUGUAGCAGAGGGUCCGAGCCACACAUGGGCUGAGCAUAGCCUCGAGGGGAAGAGUGGAGAGACACUCCACUGUGUGUGUGUGUGUGUGUGUGUGUGUGUGUGUGUGAGAGAGACAGAGAGAGUGAGAGUGUGUUUUUGCUCCUCCCGCUGUGUUGCAGAAGCAGGGCUGGGAUGGCAAACUCAAACUUUACUGAAAGGUCAGAGGUCACCUGCAGGCUACAGAUAGCAGACCAGUUACUAUUCCCUUGCAUUCCCUGCAUAUUUUAUAGUGUCUUAACUGAAGGAAAUGAGGGCGUGUCCUUUCAGUUCCUUUGCCAUAUAGUGUUAAAUGAAAAGAAAAUGGCAGAUUUCCAUUUACUACAUUUUAUUAUUGUCUGAUGUUGCAUUGUUUGGUAUCUGCUUAGUUGAGCAGCUGUGGUCGUGCUUGGGUACCUGUGCAGAGGAACCUGUACUAUGCUUAACCUCCAGCAGAGAAUCGGGCAUAGUUUCAUCAGAGAAUAGAUCCCAAACGAUGACCACAUUAUCACCUGGCCUGAAUGGAACUUUAUUUUGUGUGUUAUUUUAUUUUUGUCUAAAACCAUUAACAUAAAAAACCCCCAUAAAAAAAACACCAAAAAAAAAAAUCAUUACUCUAAGUAACCAUGUUAUAUGUUUAUUUGUAACUGUAUACAAAGCAUCUCUCUAGGCUUCAUAGUAAAGCGUAUAUUGUCAUGUGUGAAAAUAGAAGAUGAUUCUAAGUUACUAGGAUGGCUUUUCCCCUGGCCCUGCCAACCCCUAAGCAUUGAAGUACCUGAUACAGUGAUCAGCAGAGUGGGAGUGCAGUGUCUGUGGUGUGAGAAAGCCCUACGGACUCAAACGCUGUGACUCAAGAUCAGCACCUAAAAAAAAAAAAAAAAAAACAAUGAACAAAACCCAUUUUGAAGAGCUUUUUUAGUUACCAUCUUCAUUUUGUGUGUAUGCUUUUUACAUUUUUUUUUACAUUUUGGUCUUAAUUCUUUCUUUUGGUUUAUUUCUCUCUCAGUCUGUUGUCUUCCGUGCAUGCUCAAACAAAAACCGCCACACAACAAAGUCAAAAGAACAAAAUCCCGCAUCGGUUUGUCUUGGAAUAUCAGAAUUCCCGACUGAACUCCCGACUGUCCCUUUUGUCCUCUUUUUCCCUGGUCUCUGUGGAGAGUACUUUAUGCCCUUAUGAUCUCCACUAGUCCUUGAGGCCUUUGUCUACACAUUUCAGUAUUGAAGUGCUUGCGUCGUUGCUGGCUGUAGAUCGAGGGUGUGCGUCAUCUACUCAUCGGUCGUGUGUCCGUCCGUCCCCCCCCCCCGCCCCCCCGCUUUUUCCUGCUUUAUUUCCCAGGUUUAUUUUCUUUGCUCCAUGUUGGAUAUGAUAGACUUUACCAUAUGCCCUGUUUUCCCUCAGAAGAAAAAAUAUAUCAAAAAGAUUUUAAAAAAACAAACAAAAAAAAACAUUUGGCUUAUUUUUCACUGUAGUUAGCCUUUUAUACAAUAAUAUUGUAAGAACAUUUCUUGAAUUCUAAAUAUUACUCUUUCUAGAUUUUUGAAAUCGAAAGUUUUGAGUAAAAAGUUUCUUACUUUAUUUUACUAUAUUAGAUAGUAAAAAAAAAAUGUACGGUUAUUUACCAUAACCUGUCCAUUAUUAUCAAAAAAUUAUGAAUAGCAUCUUAAGAACAUAAGUAGGAUUGUAGCUCGAGGUCUAGUGCGUAUGGGGUAUUGUACGAGCUCGGUGUUCUCUAGGAUCUACUCUGCAUCUCUGUUUCUAGUCUGAAUUGUUGGGUGAGUUUAAAGAUUUGUACCCCAGUCCGAAACCCAAGGUAUUGUCGACAUCAAAAAUAAAAGAAACCAGCAGCAAGAAGUCCAUUUUUUUCUGUCUCUGUAACAGAAAACACAAUAUGUAUAUAACAUUUAUGUAGCAAUAAACGUGCCAUCUUUUUUUAACAAGAUUGUAUGUGCGUUUAUUUCCACCUCUUUACAGUACACUUUUUUGUCCUUCAUAUUUCUCUUGUCAUGCAGUAGUUUUGAGUUGUUGUUUUUUUUUUGUUGUUUUUUAAUUAUUUAAAAAAAAAUUGUGAAACCCUAUGUAAGUUCAUGGAGCUCAUGUACAAAACAAUGUAUUCAAAUGAAUGGGCUUUUCAUAUAUACAAUCUGCCACAAUAUCUCCUCUUUAGAAGACUCUUCUACAGUGGAUUUAGGCCAAAUGAAGAACUCUGUGCAAGAGAGUGUUUUAUACUAUGUAACUCAUUUUUUGAAGGCAUAUCAGUGGACCAUUGUAGUCUGUAUCAAAAGAAGUACUAUGGAACAUAUGUUUCUAUUUUUAAUAAAGUGUGAUAGCAGUAA